AUGGGUGCAAGAGGGAAUAUCCUCCCACUAAUGGAAGGUAUUGGAGGAUCUACCACAAAUAUUAAGCCUCCAAAGCCCAAAAGCUUAAAAAUAUACUCCCUUCCCCACUACAACUCUGAUGUGUUGCUAUCAAUUCUCACUUACAAACACUGCUAUGACUCCAAGAUUGAUAUUACACUUUUUGGUGACCAAAGAAUGUGCUUUCUGCAAAUGGCAAUUUCUACUGGUCGAUGA